AUGCUCUCCGCGCUAAAAUACUAUUCCUCAAUUGAUGGACCAAGUCGCGAAUUGGCGUACAGUAUCUAUUCGGAAUUGAGAAAUAAUGUGGUUUCCAACGUCGCACGUGAAUAUCGACGAACGGGAUUUCUUUGGGAGAAUUAUGACGAUGAAACAGGUCGUGGCCAGGGUGCGCAUCCAUUCACCGGCUGGUCCUCAUUGGUCCUCUCGAUCAUGGCGGAGCAGUAUGACUAG